CCCGAUGCUGUCUCCCUUAUCCCAAUUCCGCUCGCUGCCCAGGCUCUGCCCUCAUCAGUCUCACCACCACACCAUCUCCGGCCUCUCUGGCCUGGCCCCCAGACACGGUUACCGCUGCACCCGUUGCGCCCAGAAAAAAUGGCCCCCUGUUCUCAUUCCACCCCUGGAUUCUCUCAAAGAUCCCCUGAAGCCCCCCCAGAGUCUCAUCCUGCCCUCCCUGGACACAUCCUCCGACCAGCAGAAGAGCCCCCUGCUGGGUGGAGAGUGCGUGAAUACACACCAUACACAAGCCGCUGUGCCAAAAACUGUACAGGAAAAGAUGGAAGGAAGUGAAGUGAAGGAGAAAAAGGAAGGAGAGCUCACAGUAUUGUCUGUAGGAAGAUUUCAAGUUGCUCAGAUCCCGGAGCAGAAGCCAUGCACAGUGGAGACCAAGAGAGCAUCCCAGGAGCAAAGGAACUCCUUCUUCGGCGGGAAGUCCUUCUCCUUGUCUUCCUCAUCUGGCAUCCGGAGGUGAAGGGACGAUAUUGCUACCUCGCUGAAGAUGACCUCAUUCACCGGCGACAGCUUGACCCGCUGACACCAAGGGUGUUUUAUUUAGUUGACCUACACCGAUAAACCACAACCACCUGCUGCUGGAAGUAGUUGUUUCUAAUAAUGCAAUAAUAGGAAUAUAACUGUAUUUAUUAUUACAUAGGCAGAUUAUUGUAUUAUAGACGUAUCGGAUGCCGCAUCAGAGGCAUCACGGCUACAUCCGAACAGAAACGGGUUGCGAGACGUCCAAGGACAGAGCGGUUAACUGACACUAGAAAGAGGGAAGUGUGUAUUAUACACAAAUGCACUCCCGGACUUUUUUAAAAAAGAGUGCUUCCAUUUAAAAAAAGAAAAAACAAAACAACAAAAACAAAAAUAAUAAUAAUUUAUAAGAAUGCACCAUAAAAAACAGAAAAUCUCCGCCUAUCAGCCUGUGGUUUACAACAUCAAUGAGCAUAUGAGUUUUUUAGCACCACAGUUGGCUAAUAAGCCAAAUAAAAAUAAGAAAUCUGGAUCAUUUGACACUUCAUUAUUUAAAAAAAGGUAUGUUUUAAAAAAAAAAUUAAUGUUAUAUAUUUAAAUAAUUAAAUAUAAGUAAUUUUGCUGACACCAAAACUGAGGAGGUUUCAGACCUCACUUGCUCACUCAGUUAAAACCUUUUAGAGUAAAAAAAUAAAACCAAAUAAAAAUGGCGAGAUUUACAUUUUCGGGAUGUACCGGUUUUUCUUUAAGAGGGGCACCUCAGGCUAUAUCAGAGCAUUUUUAAUGACGCCGCAGCCCAUUGGCUCAUUCCCAGCUGCUGUCGUCAUUAGAGUGAAAGAGUAGUUACAGGGCUGGGUCUCGCUUUUGUAGAAGAAAACAUGUAAAUGUAAAUAUAAACAUGUACAUAUGUAAAUAUGGGUGGGUUUAGACAAACAUGGCGUUUUGUAAUUUUAAAGUAUGCAUGAGGUGAUACGUUAGAUCCCUUAUAAUGGGAAAGACAACUGCACUGCACCAGCGAGUGACAUUUGUGGUUUAUCAUUUUAAAAAAAGGAAAAAGUUAGAAAAAAACCCCAGCAAAUGCUACCACACUACCAUGCAUAGGCCCGAAGGCUGAAGUGCAGCAUAAGUUUAACAUGAUAUUUGUUAUUUUUCUACCAUUUGGGUGCAGCAUCUCAGUGCUUUUUCCUUCAGCUGUUACAGUUUCCUAUUCUAUUCAUGAAAACACUCUGUAGCUAUGCAAUCUUCAGAAUUCAAAGAAACCACUUAUAUAAACACACACACACAGACACACAUAUUUAUUUUUUUUAAAUUUAUUUUAUAGUUUAAUUCAAUAAACCCACCAGUGGCUGCAGAGAAUUAGCGGUUUAAAUGCCUCAGUCAUGCGAGCUCAGUUGGCUUUAGUUUACAUCCUCAUGGGUUUUCAAGCGUGUACUAUAAUGAUAGAGGCUUUUUUUAACUGCUCAUUUUCAUAUUUUCUUAUUAUGUUGUGACAAGGAAUAUGACAGCAUGUCUGGAGGGAAGGAUAUUUAUUGACUGCGUUACAUGUUUUCUUUUGAUUUGUUUUUAGUAACAUUCUCACUCAGACUACAGUUAUCAUGAAACGUAUUCAAGCUGAAGUGUUGCUGAAAAGAGAUUUAAAUAUUCAUCUCAUCAGCUUUGUAGCAUGCAUUUAUAUAAUAUUGCAGUUUUUUCCCUGUAUGAUGUUUUUACUUUUAAAAUAA